CCUCGCCCUCCCGUGCAAAGCCGAAAGUCCAGACUAAAUUCAAAAAAAAAAAGAAAAAAAAAAGAUGGAAGAUUUUGAGAAGAAGGUUUCAAUCUCGGAUGAACCAGACAAGAUGGAUACCGAGGAUACUGUUGUUGUUAGCGCUACAAAAAUCGUGGGUUUACUUCGUAAAUUCCUCGCCGUCCAACAACGCAGAGCUCAAGCUUAUGCAAAACUCAAAAGUGGAUUUGAGGACUAUAUGGUGUCAGGAAGUGAGUCAGCUUACCAACAACUUUGCAGUGAGAUCACUGUUGAAUUCAAUGACUGUUCAAGAGAAGUUCUUGAUUUGGAAUCACUCUUUCGCAGCGCUGAUUUCUUUCGGGAGGAUCUUGCUUGUCUACUCAAAUCAGUUCAAACACAAGAAAAGCAGAAGCUGCAACUGACUGCUACCAUUCAGGUGUUGAAGAAGGUUGGCCGUCCUUCAGAACGUCUUGUGAGCCACGAGAAUUGCAGAUUUAAUAGGGCAAUUGGACACCAGUGUGUGCAUAUCAAUAAGAUAACUGAAGCCUCUGGAACUGAAGAGGCAGAGGCUGAUGCAGAGUACGAUAAUGCUCUAAAGGAAGCCAUCAAAGGUGUGCAGAAUGCUGUAAUUACCAUAAAUGAACAUUUGGAAGAAGUUAGGUAUGAGAUUGCAGCCCUGGAAACCGAGUAACUACUUCACAGCAUACUUGUAGAACAGUAACUAGUACUUAUCUGGUAAUAGCAUGAUAUUUCCUGUCUAAGUUGCAUCAUUAUAAAAGAUCAGUUGGAUAGGUUAAAAGAUUGGGGAUACUCUCCUUAACAACUGUAUAUUCUUCUUCGAUGUUUUGCCCAGUCGAAAUGUCUGUAAUUUUACUUUUUUGUCUUUAGUAGCAAUGCUAAGUUAUUCAAACA